AUGAUGAGGAAAUCCUGCCAGCCAAAAAACAAUGUAGCUGACGAUAAAAUUGAUCCACUAAAUGAAGGUGUUUUUAUUGACGAGAAAGAAGUAAAAUGUUACGUUGCAUGUAUUAUGAAAAUGGCAAACACUAUUAAAAAUGGCAAACCAAAUUACGAAGCUACAGUAAAACAAAUUGAUUUGUUGCUACCCGAUGACAUCAAAGAAGCGGCUAAAGAAGCACUUACAGCGUGCAAGAAAGUUCCGGAUGCCUACAAGGACGGAUGCGAUGCGGCGUUCCACAUCACACAAUGUAUUUACAAUUAUAAUCCAGAAAUAUUCUUUUUCCCUUGA